UUUGAGAUUUCCACAGCAUCCCAAAUUUUAUGAAAAAUUUUUACCACCUUUAAAAACCAUGUUUUAAAAUUUGGAAAAAUUAGCAUUAAAGCGCUUUACAUAGGUGUAUGUAAACAACACUCCUCUUAAAUAUUGGUGGGGUGCUCUUGUAGAUAAUUGGUUGUCUCACAUAAUUGACGGUGUACCGUCGAAUAUAUAAAUAGGCAGGCAGUUAAAAAAAAAAAUAACUGAAAUUGGCCGUAGAGAAAUUAAGGUAGCUUUUGUUGUGUGGUUUAGAGGUGAAAUGCAACAACAACUGCAAAUGGAACCACAGAAACUUAAUUAUAUAUCAAAGUUAUUUCUAAUCACUGCCAUUGAUAUCAAAGAUGAGUUGGAAGAGCGAUUCGAACGUGCCCAUAUUAAUUUGCAACAGCAAGUUAAUGGUCUGAAUGAUAAAGAUAUGCAUGAUAAAUUAUCACAGUUAGUUUGCAAGGAAAAACAGCAUGAAGAAAUAUCAAUUGGAUUUUUAUAUAUAAUGUUAACUGAUCCCCCCAUGGCUCUAAAAGGUUAUCGUGAUUUGACUUUAGUUGCAAGGGACGGUAUGAACAUGGUGGUGACAAACCUCACCAUAUUAGUAGCGGAAAAGUAUAAUAAACUUACAGAAGUGGCUAGACGUCAACUCAUUUGGCUACUGCGUGAAUUGGUUAAACAUCAGGUGUUAAAUGUGGAGAACAUUAUUUGGAAUUGUUUACGCCAAGCCGGUGGUGGUGAUGUAUCACAAAAGAAUCUAUAUUUAGUGGAGAAUUUGCUAGAUAUUUUUAUUGAAUACCGUGCGUGGUUAGAAUCGCAAGCCUUUCUCGUCCAAACCGUUGUGUAUAGUUAUGUGCGACUCAUAGAAGAUCAUGCCAGUCCAGCGUUGGCUGCUCUAAGACAUAAGGAGGUAAAAUUUGUCAUAACGCUGAUAAGGGAAAGAUUUCUCGAUAUUAUAGGAUUGGGAAGAGACUUUGUACGGCUAUUACAAAAUGUAGCCCGAAUACCAGAAUUCGAGCAACUGUGGCGUGACAUUUUGCUUAAUCCGAAAAGUUUACAUCCCACAUUUAAUGGCAUUUGGCAUCUGUUACAAAUCCGUACUAGCCGUCGUUUCUUGCAGUGUCGCCUAACACCAGAAGUAGAACGUAAAUUGCAUUUUCUGGCUUCCUCGGUAAAAUUUGGAAGUCAAAAACGUUACCAGGACUGGUUUCAAGAUAAAUACUUUGCAACUCCGGAAUCACAUAGUCUGCGUUCUGAUUUAAUCCGCUUCAUCAUCAAUGUCAUACAUCCCAGUAAUGAUAUGCUCUGCUCAGAUAUUAUACCGCGAUGGGCCAUAAUUGGAUGGCUUAUAUCAUCCUGCACAAACACCAUAGCCUCGGCAAACGCCAAGUUAUCGUUAUUCUACGAUUGGCUGUUCUUCGACCCGAUAAAGGAUAACAUAAUGAAUGUUGAACCGGGUAUUUUAGUAAUGUACCAUUCGAUACGUAACCAUCCAAGCGUGAGCAGUACUUUAUUGGACUUUCUGUGUCGUAUUAUGAAAAAUUUCUGUCUUAAGUACGAAGACAAAAUACGCAUGGGCGUUUACAAUUCAUUAAAUAAGAUUUUAGAAAAACAGGUCAUUCCAAACCUUCAACCCUUGUUUGAAUCCCCUAAGCUUGAUCGUGAAUUGAGAAUACUGAUAAGAGAGAAUUUCCGCGAGUUUGUCUCGCCGGCUACUCCAAGCGGUAAUGUUGGUCCUCCUAUUUAUCCGCCAUCUUCAGUGAUACAAGCACCUGUUUUCAAAAAAGAAGCCGAUCAGCGUUCAAUGCAUCAGAGCGCUGCGAUAUUUCAACAGGCACAGCAACAACAACAUUCUGAUUUUCAACAUGGGCAAAAUCAUUUUCAACCACAUAACUCGACCACUGUCGAUUUGACGGAGAAUUCUGCUACAGCGGGAGCCGUGGAUUCAGGAGGUGGGGGUGGCACUAUAAUAUCUUUAAUUGAUGAAGAUAAUAAACUAUCCAUAAUACCACCUGAAAGCAACGAUGUUGAAACCGAGGCGGCCUUUAGCGAAGAUGACGAUGACGCGAAUAAAGAAAUCAAAAGUGAAGAGCUUACAGACGAUGAUGACGAUUUGCCGCUUUCGAAAGUGCGUUUACGUGAAAAACCUACUCCCGAGAAAGUUGAUUUACCCGCCUCCAUAAGCGACACAUUCGAAACGUUUGUUACAAAACGUAAUUCGUUCACUUGGGAAGCUUUUCUGGAGGAUUUUCGUUCAUUACCCGCCUCAGCAGUGGACGAUGCCCAACUACAGUAUGUGAUCUCGAAUACGCAUUUAAUAUUACGCGAAACAUUACCGUUGCAGAACUUAUUUCCCGAUAGCAAAACCGAUGAAAAAAAUUUGGCCAAAAGCAUUAGUUAUCCAUUGUUUGGCUUAUUUCGGUUUCUGUAUGAAAACGAGGAUAAAAGUAAGAAGCCGUUUCAGACUUUGCUUACAGAAAUAUGCACGCGCAUACCAGAAACUGGUUACCUGCUAUUGUACUUUAUGAAAGUCCACGUUAAGCUGCAAACACGAAAGAAUGCUCAACAAGCCACACAAUUUAAGACCAACAUCUAUCGUUUGCUAUGCGAUGCAGUAGAUGAAAAAAUUGAUGAUUCUUUAACAAGAGAUUUGGAUUUGUUAGAGAAAGAAAAUACCGCCAUUUUUCUGUGGUUAUUGCCUGAUGUGUAUCGUGAAUUCAAGGCGAGUGCAAUCAAUAACAGUGAACUGCUGCGUAUAACACUUCGGUGCAUUGAUGCAAAGAAUUUGCGAGAUUUAAUGUACUAUGUGGCUCAAGGCAAACUGACGUUGUUCAAAUCUGAUGGGUUAGUCGAUUGUAUACGAGAUAGUUUGACAUAUGAAACCUUUGAACAAUUGUGUCUGUGGCAGUUGGUACAAGCACAUGACGUGCCGUUAAAAUGCUUGCAGGAUCUGCUACCGGAGUUAGAAUCAGCGAAUCAUCCCGAAGCCUUAGGUUAUAUGCUCUUAUUGCUAAAAAAUGAAGAGCCUACGAAUGAGCUAAUUCGGUUACUUUUAAGUAGGGAAACAAAGACACGCGGAGAUCCUUUUGUAACCUCUGCUCUAAGGUUUUGGUGCCAAAGGGGGGAAGAGAAAUUAUCAGAAAUUAUUGCGUCGUUGUUAACAUCCAAGUAUCCUAGCUCAUCACCCAAUAAAAGAAAAAGACCACUCAAAGGCAGCUCUGCCGUAAACAGUUCACCUUCAGCAGAUCAGGUAUUAAAUCAUUUGGAACAUUAUAGAAGAAGUUGUCGCCAUGGUACUGGCACCGGUCUGUAUGUACAUGACACAAUGCAAAGGGCACUCCAGACAGCUUACACACACAGUACUGAAAGCACAAAAAAGCAAUAUAGCGAUUUAUUUGCACUGGCUGCUGAAGACGAAACCACAGCCGUAGGAAGAAGGGGGGGCAGCGGUCGCGGCCGGAAACAACCCACAUCUAAAAAGGAUACAAGUAAUCAAAGUAAUAGUAACAAAAAGAACUCCGACCCUGUCAAAACUAUCUAUUCAUCCGAUGAAGAUUCAAGUGAGGAGGAUUGGUCAAAACAAAAAAUUUCACAGGCUAAGAAAAGGAAAAAAAUUAAUGAUUCGGACUGACAAAAGUACCAAAAUCCUACGUCACCAUAUUGCUACGACGAUGCCGAUGAUAAUGAUGAUGAACAUAAUAAUGAUAAAGAUAUUUAUAAUCAA